AUGGAAGGGAAGGAGCACGGGUUGAUGCUGGCAUGCGUAAUUUCGGGGACCCUUUUCUCGGUUCUGGGUUCUGCAUCUUUCGUUAUACUGUGGCUAGUGAACUGGAGGCCGUGGCGGAUUUAUAGUUGGAUCUUUGCUAGAAAAUGGCCAGAAUUUUUACAAGGACCUCAGUUGGGAAUCUUAUGUGGUUUUCUCUCUCUCUGUGCAUGGAUGAUUGUAAUUUCACCAGUGGUGGUACUUAUUAUAUGGGGAAGUUGGUUGAUUUUGAUAUUAGGUCAAGACAUAAUUGGUCUGGCUGUUAUAAUGGCUGGAGUUGCUCUUGUUUUGGCAUUCUACUCAAUUAUGCUUUGGUGGAGAACACAAUGGCAAAGCUCAAGGGCCGUUGCUGUUCUACUUCUUCUGGCUGUUGGAUUGCUUUGUGCAUAUGAACUUUGUGCUGUGUAUGUUACAACUGGUGUAAAAGCAUCAGAGCAAUAUUCACCUUCAGGAUUUUUCUUUGGUGUGUCAGCAAUUGCCCUGGCAAUCAACAUGCUUUUUAUAUGCAGGAUGGUAUUCAAUGGCAAUGGCUUGGAUGUGGAUGAAUAUGUGCGAAGGGCAUAUAAAUAUGCUUACUCGGAUUGUAUUGAAGUGGGCCCGGUGGCUUUCUUAACAGAACCACCAGACCCCAAUGAGUUAUAUCCUCGUCAAUCUAGAAGGGCUUCACAUCUUGGGCUUCUAUAUCUUGGUUCCAUUGUUGUUCUGCUGGUAUAUUCCAUCUUGUAUGGCCUGACUGCAAAAGAGUCACAUUGGCUUGGAGCUAUUACAUCGUCUGCUGUUAUUAUUCUUGACUGGAACAUGGGGGCAUGCUUAUAUGGGUAUCAGCUUCUUAGAAAUCGUGUUGCCGCACUUUUCGUUGCCGGCUUAUCUCGGGUUUUCCUCAUAUGCUUUGGAGUUCAUUACUGGUUUCUAGGACAUUGUACCAGUUAUGCAGUUGUAGCUUCUGUGCUACUAGGUGCAGCUGUUUCUCGUCAUUUAUCAGUUACAAACCCAUCAGCUGCAAGAAGAGAUGCAUUGCAUACUACAGUAAUUCGCCUUAGAGAAGGAUUUCGUAGAAAAGAUCAAAACAGCUCAUCUAGCUCGUCCGAAGGCUGUGGUUCAAGCGUAAAACGUAGUAGUAGUGCGGAUGCUGGUCACCUUGGUACUGCUACAGCACCUUGCACCGGCGAGGUUACUAGCUGGAAUAAUGUUGAAGGGAAUCACAGCGAUAAGAGCAUAGACAGUGGACGACCAAGUUUAGCAUUACAUAGCAGUUCCUAUCGUUCAGUAGUUCAAGAAACUGAAGUUGGGCCUUCAUAUACUGAUAAGAAUUUUGACCAUAAUAGCUCUUUGGUGGUUUGUCCUAGUAGUGGUAUGGAAAGCCAAGGCGGCGAGUCAAGUGCUUCAACCUCUCUAAAUCAAGCAAUGGACUUGAAUUUAGCACUUGCAUUCCAGGAGAAGUUGAGUGAUCCACGGAUUACAUCUAUGUUGAAAAGGAGAUCAAGACGAGGAGAGCUUGAACUAACCAGUUUACUGCAGGAUAAAGGUCUAGACCCUAAUUUUGCUGUGAUGCUGAAGGAGAAUGGAUUGGAUCCAAGGAUCCUCGCGCUACUGCAGAGAAGUAGUUUGGAUGCUGAUAGAGACCACCGUGACAAUACUAAUACAAACAUCGUUGACUCGAACGGCGUUGACAACGUGCUGCCUAAUCAAAUUUCAUUUUCAGAAGAACUUAGGCUCCGUGGAUUGGAGAAGUGGCUUCGACUGUGUCGACUAAUGUUGCAUCAUAUAGCAGGUACCCCAGAACGAGCAUGGGUUCUCUUCAGUUUUGUCUUUAGCAUUGAGACCACCAUUGUAGCCAUUUUUCGCCCGAAGGCAAUACACCUCAUAGAUGUCACACACCAACAGUUUGAAUUUGGCAUCGCGGUGCUGCUUUUAUCUCCUGUUGUCUGUUCAAUCAUGGCUUUCCUUAGGUCACUUCAAUCUGAAGAAUUAUCCAUGACUUCGAAACCAAGAAAGUAUGGCUUUAUAGCUUGGUUGCUGAGCACUUCAGUUGGACUGUUGCUUUCCUUUCUGAGCAAGUCAUCAGUUCUUCUUGGAUUAUCUUUGACACUACCUCUCAUGGUUGCUUGCCUAUCGAUUGGCGUUCCCUUAUGGAUUCGUAAUGGUUACCAAUUUUGGGUUUCAAGAGUUGGUAAUGCAAGCCAUGCAGGAAAUCAUGGAAUUCUGGGGAGAAAGGAGGUCAUUGUUUUUUUCAUUUGCAUAUCCUUGUUUGUGGGAUCAGUGUUAGCCCUUGGUGCAAUUGUAUCUGCAAAGCCUUUAGAUAAUUUAAAAUACAAGGGGUGGAACAGUGAUCAGAAUAGUGUUUCAUCUCCCUAUACAUCAUCAGUAUAUAUUGGAUGGGCAAUGGCAUCGGCAAUUGCCUUGAUUGUUACGGGCGUGCUGCCGAUAGUGUCAUGGUUUGCAACAUAUCGUUUUUCACACUCUGCUGCUGUAUGUAUUGGUUUGUUUGCAGCUAUUCUUGUGGGAUUCUGUGGUGCAUCCUAUAUGGAGGUAGUGAGUUCGAGGAAUGACCAGUCUCCAACAAAUGCAGAUUUUCUUGCUGCAUUACUACCAUUGAUAUGCAUUCCAGCAUUAUUAUCACUAUAUUCAGGUUUGCUUAAAUGGAAAGAUGAUAACUGGAAGCUUUCCCAAGGUGCUUACGUGUUCAUAAUUAUUGGUCUUCUUCUGUUGUUUGGUGCAAUUUCUGCCAUUAUUGUAACGGUUGAACCAUGGACGAUAGGUGCAGCAUUCCUUUUAGUUCUUCUCCUCCUCGUCCUGGCUAUUGGUGUUAUUCACUACUGGGCUUCAAACAACUUUUACCUGACAAGGCAGCAGAUGCUAUUCGUUUGUUUCGUGGCAUUUCUUUUGGCUUUAGCAGCAUUCUUUGUCGGCUGGUUUCAAGGGAAAGCUUUUGUCGGUGCAUCUGUUGGUUACUUCUCAUUUCUAUUCCUUUUGGCUGGAAGGGCCUUGACUGUGCUUCUUUCUCCUCCUAUAGUAGUUUAUUCACCGAGGGUGCUGCCUGUCUAUAUUUAUGAUGCUCAUGCAGAUUCUGGGAAAAACGUCAGUGCUGCAUUUCUUAUGCUUUAUGGCGUUGCAUUGGCAACUGAAGGCUGGGGAGUAGUCGCCAGUUUGAAGAUUUAUCCACCGUUUGCUGGUGCUGCUGUAUCUGCAAUUACACUUGUUGUGGCUUUUGGCUUUGCUGUCUCUCGUCCAUGUUUGACUCUCAAGAUGGUGGAAGAUGCUGUUCAUUUCCUAAGUAAGGAAACUAUAAUCCAGGCAAUAGCUCGAUCAGCCACCAAGACGAGAAAUGCAUUAUCUGGAACUUACUCAGCUCCUCAGCGGUCCGCAAGCUCAGCUGCGCUUUUAGUUGGAGAUCCCACUGUUGCGCGGGAUAGGGCUGGGAACUUUGUGCUUCCCAGAGACGAUGUCAUGAAACUAAGAGAUCGUUUGAGAAAUGAAGAACUGGCUGCCGGAUCAUUCUUCUCCAGAUUGAGAAGUCGAAGGAUAUUGCGGCAUGAAGCAACCAGUGAUGUAGGUCACAAAAGAGAAAUGUGUGCCCAUGCGAGAAUACUGGGUCUGGAGGAGGCAAUUGAUACUGAAUGGGUUUACAUGUGGGAUAAGUUUGGUGGUUAUUUGCUUCUUUUGCUUUCCUUGACUGCCAAAGCAGAACGGGUGCAGGAUGAAGUUCGUUUGAGACUCUUCCUUGACAGCAUAGGUUUUUCAGAUUUAAGUGCCAAGAAAAUUAAAAAGUGGAUGCCUGAGGAUCAUAGGCAAUUUGAAAUUAUACAGGAGAGUUACAUAAGAGAGAAGGAGAUAGAGGAGGAAAUUUUGAUGCAGAGACGUGAAGAAGAAGGGAGAGGUAAAGAAAGAAGAAAAGCUCUUCUGGAGAAAGAAGAACGUAAAUGGAAAGAGAUUGAGGCUUCUCUUAUAUCAUCUAUUCCUAAUGCUGGAAGCAGGGAGGCGGCAGCCAUGGCAGCUGCUGUGCGGGCUGUAGGAGGAGAUUCACUGCUUGAAGAUUCAUUUGCACGGGAGAGAGUCUCAAGCAUUGCGUAUAGAAUACGUGCAACUCAGCUAUCUGAUAGGGCACUCCAGACUGGUCUUGCUGGUGCUGUAUGUAUUCUUGAUGAUGAACCUACGACAAGUGGCAGGCGCUGCGGACAGAUUGAUCCUGGUUUAUGUCAAAGUCAGAAAGUUAGCUUCUCUAUUUCAGUAAUGAUUCAGCCCGAGUCUGGACCAGUUUGUCUCUUGGGUACUGAAUUCCAGAAGAUCUCCUUUUCUGAGGUCUUGCCACGACCUUUUGUAGCUAUUCUUGUGGCAUUCUGUGGUGCAUCCUAUAUGGAGGUGGUGAGUUCGAGGAAUGACCAGUCUCCAACGAAGGCUGAUUUUCUUGCCGCAUUACUACCGUUGAUGUGUAUCCCAGCAUUAUUAUCACUAUGUUCAGGUUUGCUUAAAUGGAAAGAUGAUAACUGGAAACUUUCCCGAGGUGCUUAUGUAUUCAUAAUUAUUGGUCUUCUUCUGUUUUUUGGUGCAAUGUCAGCCAUAAUUGUGACAGUUCAACCAUGGACGAUAGGUGCAUCAUUCCUUUUAGUUAUUCUCCUCCUCGUCCUGGCUAUUGGUGUUAUUCACUAUUGGGCUUCAAACAACUUUUACCUGACAAGGCUUCAGACGCUAUUCGUUUGUUUUGUAGCAUUUCUUUUGGCUUUAGCAGCAUUCCUUGUUGGUUGGUUUCAAGAUAAAGCUUUUGUCGGCGCAUCUGUUGGUUACUUUUCAUUUCUGUUCCUUUUGGCUGGAAGGGCCUUCACUGUGCUUCUUUCGCCUCCUAUAGUAGUUUAUUCGCCGAGGGUGCUACCUGUCUAUAUUUAUGAUGCUCAUGCAGAUACUGGGAAAAACGUCAGUGCUGCAUUUCUUAUGCUUUAUGGCAUUGCAUUGGCAACUGAAGGCUGGGGUGUAGUCGCUAGUUUGAAGAUUUAUCCACCAUUUGCUGGUGCUGCUGUAUCUGCAAUUACACUUGUUGUGGCUUUUGGCUUUGCCGUCUCUCGUCCGUGUUUAACGCUUAAGAUGGUGGAAGAUGCUGUUCAUUUCCUAAGUAAGGAAACUAUAAUCCAGGCAAUAGCUCGAUCAGCUACCAAGACAAGGAAUGCAUUAUCUGGAACUUACUCUGCUCCUCAGAGGUCCGCAAGCUCAGCUGCGCUUUUAGUUGGAGAUCCUACUGUUGCGCGGGAUAGGGCUGGGAACUUUGUGCUUCCCAGAGCCGAUGUCAUGAAACUAAGAGAUCGUUUGAGAAAUGAAGAAUUGGCUGCUGGAUCAUUCUUCUCCAGAUUGAGAAGUCGAAGGAUAUUGCGGCAUGAAUCAAUCGGUGAUGUAAGUCACAAAAGAGAAAUGUGUGCCCAUGCCAGAAUACUGGCUCUGGAGGAGGCAAUUGAUACUGAAUGGGUUUACAUGUGGGAUAAGUUUGGUGGUUAUUUACUUCUUCUGCUUUCCUUGACUGCCAAAGCAGAACGGGUGCAGGAUGAAGUUCGUUUGAGACUCUUCCUUGACAGCAUAGGUUUCUCAGAUUUAAGUGCCAAAAAAAUUAAAAAGUGGAUGCCUGAGGAUCGAAGGCAAUUUGAAAUUAUACAGGAGAGUUACAUAAGAGAGAAGGAGAUGGAAGAGGAGAUUUUGAUGCAGAGACGUGAAGAGGAAGGGAGAGGUAAAGAAAGAAGAAAAGCUCUCCUGGAUAAAGAAGAGCGUAAAUGGAAGGAAAUUGAGGCUUCUCUUAUAUCGUCUAUUCCUAAUGCUGGAAGCAGGGAGGCGGCAGCUAUGGCCGCUGCUGUGCGGGCUGUAGGAGGGGAUUCACUGCUUGACGAUUCAUUUGCACGGGAAAGGGUUUCAAGCAUUGCAUAUAGAAUACGUGCAACUCAGUUAUCUGAUAGGGCACUUCAGACUGGCCUUACUGGUGCUAUAUGUAUUCUUGACGAUGAACCGACAACAAGUGGCAGGCGCUGUGGACAGAUUGAUCCUGGUUUAUGUCAAAGUCAGAAAGUUAGCUUCUCUGUUUCUGUAAUGAUUCAGCCCGAGUCUGGGCCUGUUUGCCUCUUGGGUACUGAAUUCCAGAAGAAAGUGUGUUGGGAAAUUCUUGUGGCUGGAUCUGAACAAGGCAUUGAAGCUGGACAAGUUGGUCUUCGAUUAAUUACAAAAGGUGAUAGACAGACUACUGUUGCAAAGGAGUGGAGUAUAAGUUCAUCAAGUAUUGCAGAUGGAAGGUGGCAUAUUGUCACAAUGACCAUUGAUGCGGAUUUAGGUGAGGCCACUUGCUUCAUUGAUGGUGGUUAUGAUGGCUAUCAGCCGGGGCUUCCACUUAAUGUGGGUAAUGGCAUAUGGGAGCAAGGAACAGAAGUUUGGCUUGGAGUUAGACCACCGACAGAUGUGGAUGCAUUUGGGAGGUCAGAUAGCGAAGGUGCUGAAUCCAAAAUGCACAUAAUGGAUGGUUUUCUUUGGGGAAGGUGCUUGAAUGAAGAUGAGAUUGCUGCUCUUGCUGCUGCUAUGGGUUCUUCAGAUCACAAUACAAUGGAUAUCCUUGAUGAUAAUUGGCAGUGGACAAGUUCUCCUCCAAGGGUGGAGGACUGGGAGAGUGAUCCUGCAGAUGUAGAUCUUUAUGACCGGGAUGAUGUAGAUUGGGACGGGCAGUAUUCAAGUGGGAGGAAGAGAAGAUCAGAUCGUGAAGGGGUCGUGGUAGAUGUGGAUUCUUUUACUAGGAGGUUGAGGAAACCUAGGAUGGAGACACAGGAGGAAAUCAAUCAACGCAUGCGUUCUGUAGAAUUGGCUGUUAAGGAGGCUCUCUUGGCUAGAGGAGAGUCACAGUUUACUGAUCAAGAAUUCCCACCUAAUGAUCGCUCAUUAUUUGUUGAUCCUGACAAUCCCCCCUCAAAAUUGCAGGUUGUUUCAGAGUGGAUGAGGCCUAUUGAAAUAGUGAAGGAAAAGCAUCUGGAUUCUGAUCCAUGCUUAUUUUUGGGAAGAGCAAAUCCAUCUGAUGUUUGUCAGGGCCGGUUGGGUGAUUGUUGGUUUUUGAGCGCUGUUGCAGUUCUGACUGAGGUUUCACGCAUAUCAGAAGUCAUUAUUACUCCACAAUAUAAUGAGGAAGGAAUUUAUACAGUCCGUUUCUGUAUUCAGGGAGAAUGGGUUCCUGUUGUUGUAGAUGACUGGAUUCCAUGUGAAUCACCUGGCAAACCUGCAUUUGCUACCAGCAGGAAGGGGAACGAAUUAUGGGUCUCUGUAUUAGAAAAAGCAUAUGCUAAGCUUCAUGGUUCAUAUGAAGCAUUGGAAGGUGGGCUUGUCCAAGAUGCUCUUGUGGACCUAACUGGCGGUGCAGGUGAGGAGAUUGACAUUAGGAGUGCUGAAGCCCAGAUUGAUCUAGCUAGUGGAAGACUAUGGUCUCAAUUACUACGCUUCAAACAAGAGGGCUUUCUACUUGGUGCUGGUAGCCCUUCAGGGUCGGAUGUGCAUGUUUCUUCCAGUGGAAUUGUACAAGGGCAUGCUUAUUCGAUAUUACAGGUACGGGAAGUAGAUGGCAAUAAACUUGUUCAGAUCAGAAAUCCAUGGGCAAAUGAGGUCGAGUGGAAUGGCCCUUGGUCUGAUUCAUCACCUGAAUGGACAGAUAGGAUGAAGCAUAAGCUCAAGCACGUCCCUCAGGCAAAAGAUGGUAUAUUCUGGAUGUCUUGGCAAGAUUUUCUGAUACAUUUCUGGUCAAUAUAUAUCAGAAAUCCAUGGGCAAAUGAGGUCGAGUGGAAUGGCCCUUGGUCUGAUUCAUCACCUGAAUGGACAGAUAGGAUGAAGCACAAGCUCAAGCAUGUCCCGCAGGCAAAAGAUGGUAUAUUCUGGAUGUCUUGGCAAGAUUUUCAGAUACAUUUCAGGUCGAUAUAUGUAUGCCGUGUCUACCCACCGGAGAUGCGUUGUUCUGUUCAUAGUCAGUGGAGAGGUUACAGCGCUGGAGGCUGCCAGGACUAUGAUACUUGGCAUCAAAAUCCACAGUUCCGCUUGAGAGCCAUGGGGCCUGAUGCAUCCUUACCUAUUCAUGUGUUCAUUACCUUAACUCAGGGGGUGAGCUUCUCGAGAACAACAGCUGGUUUCAAGAAUUUCCAGUCAAGCCAUGAUUCUCAGAUGUUCUACAUAGGAAUGAGGAUUCUGAAGACUCGUGGACGUCGUGCUGCCUACAAUAUUUACUUGCACGAAUCAGUUGGUGGCACAGAUUAUGUAAAUUCUCGGGAAAUAUCUUGUGAAAUGGUCCUUGAUCCUGAUCCAAAGGGGUAUACAAUAGUGCCAACAACCAUUCAUCCUGGUGAAGAGGCACCCUUUGUUCUCUCUGUAUUCACCAAAGCUUCAAUAGCUCUUGAAGCUUUAUAG